UUCCAAAAAUGGAUAUAGUUUUCAUCCUGGAUUCAUCUACUUAUGAUAGUAAUUAUAACAACAUGAAAUCAUUCGUAAAAAAGUUCCUUCAGACUGCUAAAAUAGACUGUGGUGAGAUGAGAGUUGGUUUAAUGAUCUACGGUUCGCAAGUUACGAUUGAAUUCCAACUCAACACCUAUGAUACAAAGACAGAGUUGAUUGACGCUGUUGACAAGAUUCCCUGGAGAUAUGGAGGCUUCAAUCCUGCUAAUGCACUGAAAACAAUGCAUGAAGAAAUGUUCUCAGAUGCCAAUGGUGAUAGAGUAGGUGUUCGAAAUAUAUGCGUGAUCUUGACUGGUGGCAUAUUAAAUAUCAAUGAUUAUAUAACAAUAACUGAGUCAGAAAAAGCCAGAGAGAAGGGCAUACAUAUUUAUGCAAUUGACAUUGCACUUAAGGUUUUCAGUGAAGUAAUUCGUAUUGCUAACCAACCUGCUAGUUUGAAUGCUUUUGCAGUUGAAUCCUUUGAUGAACUAGAAGAUUUAGAUUUGAAGAUCUUUGAAUCUAACAAUUCAGUUCAGUGCUUUCCGAAAAUAGAUAUAGUUUUUAUUCUGGACUCGUCAACUAGCUUAGGUGAGGAUAACUACAAC